GUCUUGUCAAUGGGGCUAGGAUUGCUUCACAUACAAGGAAAACAAGGCAGAUAAAGUAUAUUUCUAGAAGGUUUACCCAAGAGAUGAUUACCUUAUAUAUAAGGAGACAUCAUGGACGACUGUCGAGGUUGCGUAAGUUCUUCAUUGCGAAUGCAGCUUGAGUCGAUCAAUAGGACGAAUAACGACAAUGGUUAAUUAUUAAGUUAAUCACACUUGAACGUGCCUUACGUACCUACCUAACCUAUACAUCCUCAAACGAGGCUCCUCAUCCAUUAGCCAAUAUGGAAGACGGGAAAUACGUCGACGGCAGUUUUUAUAUAUACGCUCCGAACAAGGGGGCACCGGUGUUUUUCGCUGUUGCUUUUCUAGCUAGCGGUGGAGCUCACCUCUGGCAAGCAAUUCAUUAUAAGAGCUGGAGGCUUACCGGUUUAUAUAUUUUAUGCGCGCUUCUCUUCGCCUCCGGUUUUAUCGUAAGGGAGCUAGGGGCUUUCGAUUAUACGAACCUCGCCUACUAUAUCGCUAGUCAAUGUCUUAUUUAUUUCGCACCGCCGCUAUACGAGCUCUGCAACUACUACAUCCUCGGCCGCAUCCUUUACUUCGUCCCCUAUUACUCUCCAAUCCAUCCCGGACGAGUACUGACGACCUUCGCGGCUAUCUCUAUGGUAGUUGAGGCGCUAAACGGAAACGGAAUUGCCUAUAUGGCUAAUAGGUCAUUGCCGGAGGAAAAGCAACAGAUGGGCGAGGCCCUGUUAAAAGCUUCGCUGAUAUUGCAGCUCGUGGUUGUCUCGCUUCUCGCCGCGCUUGCCGGCACAUUCCACGCGAAGUGCCGACGAAAUGGCAUCGACCAUGCCAAGGUAAACCAAGCACUCCUAACGCUCUAUAUCAGUACAGCCAUCAUCAUGGUCAGGUGCAUCUAUAGAACGGUGGAGUACUUCGGCUCUACCAGCGUCGACUAUGCGGACCCGAACUUCGACUUCUCGACCCUAAGUCCAGUCGUUCGGUAUGAGUGGUUCUUUUACGUGUUCGAAGCGACGCUCAUGCUGUGCAAUAGCGUACUAUUGAACGUCCGCCAUCCGCGCCGCUGGCUUCCUAACUCCACCAAGGUCUACCUUGCUAAGGAUAAUGUGACGGAGAUCAUGGGACCGGGAUACAAGCAAGAAAGGAACAUUUUGGUCACUUUCAUUGAUCCCUUCGAUAUCUAUGGCAUGAUCAAAGGUAGAGAUCAAGCAACGCGCUUCUGGGAUGAACACGAACUCGAGGACAGGAAGGCUGAUGUCGAUCUAACACUACCGGCCGCGGAGAGACGGGUUUAGCAAAAAAAAGAAAAAAAAAAGAAAAAAAAAAAGCUGUCUGGAAAUAGGAGGACGAUUUGGAUUAGUUAGGAGUUUAUUGGGAUUAAUUGGGAUUAUUGGAGUUUAGUGUAUAUUUUGGGCUUUUUGGAUAUUUCUGAACAUAUAUCCACAUGAUUUAGUUUACUUAGGUAGGCAGCUUAGCGGUAGUUUAGACGGCGCAGUCGAUUUUCAAAAGAAUAGAUAGAAACGAAUAAGUUUCUAGAAGGCUUCCUUUCGCGACUAAAUUAGAUCAUAGGUAUUGCCAAUUACCAAAUAUUUGAGAU